AUGGCUUCCCUGGAAGACAAAGUAUAUCGCCUUCGAGAUAUCCCGGCGGAUAGGGACCGUCUUGGGGUAGCUGAGUUAAUCAAACCCUUUAUUCCGGAUGGCAAACUUGAAGAUAUUACUAUUGCCUCACUCGCUCCGACUUGCGGGUUCCCAGGCAGAAGUCCCACAAAGACAGCGACCGUCACUGUACGGAAGACUCCUGAAAUUAUGAACAAUUCUUCUACAACGGGCGAGUGGAAGCUUUGCACUCCUGCUCUAACCAACCCACUCAUUUUGGAUGCUACAUUCUAUGGUCUCACUCCCUUGAAUGAAGUUGAAGAGCACCAGCAUAAAUAUGACUGCAUUGUGAUUUCAGGCCUCGCAAGUCAUCCGAUGGGAUCAUGGCAGCCUCGAGGCGACGAUAAAUCAUAUAUGUGGAUACGAGACACACUACCCCAGCUUGUUCCAGGUGUUCGAUUUAUCCUUUAUGGAUAUGACACUAAAUUGAUGGGAAGUAAAUCUUUCCAAAAUGUGAAAGAUCUUGCUGUUGGCUUGAUCAACCAACUAAAAGCAGGGGGUUGGACAGCCGUUAACUCCAAAGAAUUAAUAUUUCUGGCGCAUAGUCUUGGUGGAGUAGUUCUAAAGCAAUGUCUUUACAUGCUCGCCGACAGUGACGCUGCCUUUCAGUCCAUACUCGACAAGACAAAAGGUGGAAUAUUUUUUGGCGUGCCUAGCGAAGGCAUGAACAUUCAAGACAUUGAAGACAUGCUUAAAGAUCAACCAAAUAGGGAUGGUCUUGUAGCAGAGAUAUCAAGCAAUUCAAGCUUUCUAUCCAGCUUGGAGGAACGGAUAUCUGGUAUUACAGGCUUCCGAAAGAUGAGAUUUUUUUGGGCAUACGAAACCCAGAUGACAUCUACUUUAGAGUCGGUCAACGGCACGUAUCGUAGGUCAGGGCCAGGAACCAUAAUGGUAUCACCACAGUCCGCCACAGGCAAUCGGUGUAAUUCAGACCCUAUAUCGACAAUACCUAUAAACGAGGACCAUUCCAAGAUGGUAAAAUUCUCAGUUGGAAAUCAUAUGAUUGACGCCGUUGCCGAUAAACUACGAGAGAUUCUUGGCAAUGAUCAACACGGCCUUGACCAGGACUUGGAGCGGUUGGCUGCAAGCAACUUCCAGGCCAGGGCGUCCACUAGCCAAGGAUUAGGCGAUAUCGACUCGAGCGAUACUAGAGAUCCCAGUGAAGAUCCUGAUUUCUGGUACAUUAAAUCGAUCAUAAAAUCUCUACGUGCUCCCGAGCGAGACAAAAGGCUUUCUCAAAUCGAUAAAAGGGCUGGUCACUCUUUCGAAUGGGCAUUUGAAGAUCCUUCUGUUGGGUUAACAGAAUGGCUACAAAAGGGAGAUGGCCUCUACUGGAUUUCUGGCCGACCUGCUUCUGGAAAGUCAACCUUUAUGAAGUUUCUCUAUAACGACAAACGCACAAAACAGAUGCUUCGACAUUGGUACAGUAAAGGCAAACAACAUGUCGAAGCAAACUUUUUCUUUCACUACCGCGGCAAUCUCAUUCAAAAGUCGUUCGAAGGUCUGCUCCGUAGCAUUCUCAGCCAAAUUUUAGAGCAGGCCCCAGCAAGUUUUUCAAUAAUUCAACCGUUAUUCCAGCACCGCUACCGGCAACUCAUCAAUGAACAAUCUCUUGGAAGUUUGUACCAGGAUCUAGAAGAGACAAUUGUGACCCACGAUGAGAGACUGAGCUCAGAAAUGAAAAGGAAACUGCAUGCUAUCUCAGCUUGCGAAAUGCCUGAGAAGUUAUUCCACACAAUAUUCGUGGAACCUCUACGCACCAGCAACGGAGCUUCUAUUGACUGGCAAAAGAUUGAAAAAAUCAUUUUUCCUUGCAGGGAACAGCUUUUGGAAAUUUUAAGACAGGCGAAACUUUUGGAAGCGAAACCCCCAGUAUAUCUUCCAAAAUGGAACAAAAAAACCAGCCAUCGCUUUUUUUCUUUGUUAUUUCAAUGGCUUGAGAAAAUUGACUUGAAGUCUAACCUUUUGCGCUUGAAGGGGUUGUCUAGUUAUCUCUCUAAUAACGAUUCAGCUACACUAACGCCGACUGAGGAGAAGAUCAUCCAAGACGUUCAAGACAUCAUGCACCGGUAUCAUGAGCGAGAAAAAAUCCGACAAUUUGUUCAGAAUGAACCAUGGGCAUCCCCAAAGCUUCAACAGGCACUCUUUGAAAUCAUACACCAACGAUCAAUUAAUUUGGAAGUAUGUCUGUUCAUUGACGCGCUUGAUGAGCAUGAUGGUUCGCCAGAAUUCAUUGUCGAGUUUCUAAAGGACAUUACAAGGAAAAAGAAAAAAAGCCGCACACGCCUCAAAAUCCUCUUUUCUAGUCGACCCUGGGACAUAUUCAUGACAGCUUUUGGUGAUCGCCCGGGAUUUCGCAUUCAUGACCAUACCGAGAAUGAUAUCCGCGAACUGUGCAUCCACAUCAUACAGACCGAAUGUCCUCAUUCACAGGAACUUUUAGAGCUAAUUGAGGAGAUUGUGAAACGAUCCAACGGUGUUUUCCUAUGGGCGAAGUUGGUACUACAAGACUUGACCAAGAUUGCAGUGGGUGCUCCGGGAAGCGAUACUGGGAAUCUAUCCAGCAAGUUACAGGAUACCUUACGAAGCCUUCCCAGCGAUUUGAUUGAGUACUAUCGCACCAUAGUCGAGCGGAUACCAAUGUCCUUUCGUCGCGAGGUUUUUUGUCUGCUUGAAGUUCUUGCUAAACGAGUCCAAGCAAUCUAUCUCCACGAUGUCCCUUUGAUUCUUAACUGUUUACGUUUUUCUGACUUUUCUGCGCGUGAUUAUAUCCGUCAGAAAUCAGCCAACCCCAAUAUACGUACAUUGGAAUCUUUGUUGAGAACUCACGCAGGGGGCUUUAUCGAAAUCUAUGGGCCAAAAAAUGGGCUGUUCAAAUCGGUGUAUACUAAACUUCAGUUGAUGCACCAGACAACUAUAGACUUUAUUCAGCUGCCGGAGUUCAAAAGUAUUAUUCUGGAAUCAGGAGAGCAAGCCAUGAAUGAUAAUGGAUUUACUUUUCUUGCGAAAUUUAACCUUCUCAGAUGGUCCAGCCUUGACAAUGACUUGGCAAAUGUGAAAAAUAGAUUUUAUCGUUAUGCCAACAAUGCCGAAAGAACUACGGGGAAGAGUUUGUAUUCAUUCUUUCUAAGGAACCACUCAAACGCCAGAGCAAACUUCCACCCCUCUCUUACAUGCUAUAGCAGUACUAGGGUCUACGACUUCAGUUCAGACAUUAUCGAAAUGGCUUUCCGUGCCAAUCUUCGCCUCUUCAUCCGGGACUAUUUGCAAGCAAACCCAUCUAUUUUAUCUCAGACGACUGCCUGUUGCGCAGGGAAUGUCUUUGAUUCGUUCAAAAACAACGCGUAUAGCCAAGAAGAAGCUAUACAGACGAUCGAUUUUUUAGCUUCUAAAAGUUUUCAAUUCCGCAGACAUGCCGAUUGCUUAGCAGAUGCACUCUUGGAUCUAAGAAUCAACCGUCAAAACUACGACUCGUACAACUCCGUGCUCCAAAGCAUUACAAGAAAUUUUACAGGUACAGAACCUGUCGUGAACCCUCCACGUAUUUUGGAUAGGAUCAUCGACUCGUCAGCUAUCAAGGGCCUAGAAAUGCAUGCGAUAGCUAAGGAAACACUUUCAAAAAAACCAAGUCUCCUUCACAUAUCUUCCUUAAACAUAACCAAGGACCUUCUUGCUAGAAAAGCAAAUCCAAAUAUGCAGGAUGUAAAUGGGAAUACACCACUAGACGGCUAUACGAGUAAACGUUAUGCGAUUAUGUUUUGCCCCCACGAAUACCACUAUCAACUUAUGGUCGUUCUUGCUCAAAAUGGAGGACGAUUGAACUCAAGCACCCGAAAGCAAUGGGAAGCAAUAAUGACAGAAUUUGAAUCAAAGGGGUUCGAUAUAUCAAUAUUUGAACAGUUAAAAUUCCCUAAAUGGAUACCAAAAGAA